AUGGCGCGCGAACCCGGCAGUCCCUUGUCGCCCACAGCAGCAAUGCUGGAGAGGACAGCCAGGCUUUCGGACGAGUCCAUUGGUGCGCAGCUGCAGCAGCUUUUGGACUGUUGGCACUUCCAGAUUAUGACAUCAUCGAUGGGACACAGCUGGAACCGCCAAAAGGUUGUGGAAGGCUUCCUACAUAUUCUCGGCCACUGUGGGGUGCCUCUCACAGAAAAGGAGAUCGCUCAGCUACCCCAAAUGGAGGAAGACCACAUGAUUGCUUGCAUUCUUGAGAAAAUGGACGAGACCUUUCGCGAAAGGCAGCUAGCAUGGCCUAAGACUUUAAACUGUUACUAA